GUGCAGCAGUUGGCAGUGGUGUUUUGCUCUCUCUCCUGUCUUCCCUGCGUUUGUGUAAAUGUGGUGGUGAAUUAUUGAUUGUGAGCAAGGCAGCGCACGGGUCCUCGAGCUCGUCAUCCCUGCAGUGUGCCCUCCUCAGCAUCAGCCACUCUUCAGAGAGGUACCACCAUCAGACCCACAUUCACACAAUACCACCACGCUGCCUCCUCCCUCUCUCCUUCUCUCCAUCUCUCCUUUCUUUUCCCAAGCUUUGUGAUUCUAGCCGGCUGUCAACUUGAGGAAGAACUUUAAGGAUGUCGGAAUGUGGAUCAAGAUGGAUGAUAAGGUUUUUAGUUGUGGUUGUAUUUUGCCUGGUGUUGUGCAUGGAGGAAGCAAGCUCAAAGAAAGCCAAGAUUCCUCGCUGCCCAGCUACCUGCUCCUGCACCAAAGACAGUGCGUUCUGUGUGGACACCAAAGCUAUCCCCAAGAGCUUCCCACCUGGCAUCAUCUCUCUGACAAUGGUGAAUGCAGCUUUUACUACAAUUCCAGAGGGAGCCUUCUCACAUCUUACACUAUUGCAGUUUUUGCUCCUCAACUCCAACACAUUUACCAUGAUAAAUGACGAUGCCUUUGCUGGGUUGUCUCAUCUUCAGUACUUAUUUAUUGAGAAUAAUGACAUCCAGGCUCUUUCAAAGUAUACCUUCAGAGGAUUAAAAUCGCUGACUCACCUUUCUCUGUCAAACAACAACCUACAGACGCUGCCAAGAGACCUUUUUAAAAACCUCGACAUUCUGACUGAUUUAGACUUGCGGGGGAACUCUUUCCUUUGUGACUGUAAAAUCAAGUGGCUUGUUGACUGGAUUGAGAAAACCAAUACCACAGUUCCUGCUGUUUACUGUGCCAGCCCUUUUGAGUUUCAGGGGCGCAGAGUCCACGACCUAACACCUCGAGACUUCAACUGCAUCAGCGCUGAUUUUGCAGUGUAUGAAACCUUCCCCUUCCACUCGGUGUCUGUGGAGUCCUAUGACUUCAGUGGCGAUCAGUUUGUGACGUUUGCUCAGCCUGAUUCAGGAUACUGCACUGUCUAUGUGUGGGACCAUGUGGAGAUGAUCUUCAGGAAAUUUCACAACAUCACCUCUCGCUCUGCUGUGUACUGCAAACCGGUGGUGAUAAAUAACACACUACACAUGGUAGUUGCUCAGUUGUUUGGUGGAUCUCAUAUUUACAAAUGGGAAGACGCCCCUCAGCGAUUUAUCAAAAUCCAGGACAUUGACACCACUCGAGUGCGUAAACCCAACUUUGUGGAAACCUUCUUACUAGAUGGAGAGUGGUACUUUGUGGUCGCGGACAGCUCCAAAGCUGGCUCCACCAGCAUUUACCGAUGGAACAGCAAUGGCUUCUACUCCCACCAGUCCCUUCACCCCUGGCACCGGGACACGCACGUGGAGUUCAUUGAUGCAGGGGGGAAGCCUCACCUGAUCCUGUCUAGUGCCUCACAGCCCCCAAUAAUCUACCAGUGGAACCCUAGCCAAAAGCAGUUCACUUUCCACUCCCAAAUUACAGAAAUGGCCGAUAUUCAGAUGGUGAAGCACUUUUGGGUGAGGAGAGCCUUGUAUCUUUGCCUUACUCGUUUUAUUGGUGACUCUAAAAUCAUGCGUUGGGAAGGACAGCGUUUUGUGGAGAUCCAGACUCUACCAUCACGUGGUUCAAUGGUGGUGUAUCCAUUCACUGUAGGCCCAAGACUGUACCUGAUCCUGGGCAGUGAUUUCUCCUUCUCCAAGGUGUACUUGUGGGAUGACCUUACUCAGCGCUUCCAACCCUUCCAGGAGCUUAACAUGAGAGCACCACGGGCAUUUAGUUUGAUAUCUGUGGACAACAAAGACAUUUUGCUGGCAGCCAGUUUCAAAGGCAACACCUUGGCCUAUCAGCACCUGUUGGUAGAUCUCAGUGCAAAGUAGGGAGGUAAAGACAGACAAAAUAUGACCUUGAACAUGUGCCAAAUAAAUUACAAUGGCAAAAACUGCAAAACAAGAAAGGCAUGUUUUGUUAAUAUUUGGAUUAAUAUGCACUGUUCCCCAUAACAAUGAAACACAUGAAACAUGUCUUUAACAUGUAGCCUACUUUAAGUGCCAAUUGCAGCAUAUGUGCUAUAGCUUACUUAACCUGACUAAUGUGAACAAUGUUGUGCAUGGGUAUCUACUAAUUCUUAACCCAAAUGUGCAUACUCUACGGGUUUGCAAGAUGCUGGGUGACAUGUGUCAACCAAGCAUAUGCUACCAUACUUUGGUUCAAUGACUAUAUUAAAAGUUGGCCUAUACCUGUGAAUACAAUUGAGGAUGUUUGGCGUGCAAUUGUGAAUCAGAACUGUGAACAUGACUGUUAUGACAUUGACUAAUAUCUAGGUAAGACAGCAGCAAAGUGCUAUUUCUGUGUAUUUUUUGCUACACAUAUGCCGAUGAAUUUGCUAUUGUCCUGUGAGAGUGGUGGACUAAAAUAAUGAAAAGAUGAUUGAUGAAUGUUUAAAGAUGUUUGUGGUUAUCAACGACAUGUAAAUUCAUCAUUAUCAAGUAUGCAUGAAAAUUUCAAUAAAAUAUAUGCAGAUA